AUGGAGAAGACUACUCUCUGUGAAAAGGAAGUGAUGCGGAAGUACUAUGGUCAACAAGAGCGCGUGCGCAAGAGAAUGAAUUUCGAAGCGUCGCUCAUUUCCUAUAUUUUGGCAUUAAUCACCGAUGAUGUUGAGCUUGAGAUCUGCCAACCUCACACAUAUGCCACAAAAACCGUGCCCUUUGUGAAUAUCAAAACGUUGACAAUUGAUGGUGAUCAACUCGACUUUCAAAAAUUUCUAUUUGAUCAUUUAGAGGAGCGAGCGUUGUAUGACAAGAAAGAAGGAGUUAUAGAAAAAACAGUGACUCGAAGAACACAGACACGAAGAAGAAAAGACACAAUUUAUUUUUUCGAAGACAUUCUUUUUGAAAAAAGGAAGUGCAUAAUACAAAGAAUCAAUUCAACAACGUUUGUUGUGCAACUUACAAAUGAUAACUUCCCAAUUGUAAUCGCGACUAAGCAAGACAUUCUUGUUUUUGGCUCAAAAAUUGCUUAUGCAAUCAACCAAAAAGUGAAAAAAGAAAAGAUUUACAAAAUUGCAAAGGGUGAAUUGGGAGAAUUUAUAUAA